GCCGAAGUCACGUGAAUCUAUCAAACCGGUACACAGCUGAUCGUGACGUCACUCGUCAACAUGGCGGACUGGAAUAGAGGUCAUGGCUCUGUGGACGACCUGCUGGAUGCUGAAAACAAACGGCUGGCUGAGAACCUGGCCACCAAAGUCUCCAGACUGAAAUCUCUGGCGUACGACAUCGACAGAGAGGCUGACGAUCAGAACGAGUAUCUGGACAGCAUGGACUCAAACUUCCUGAGUGCGACGGGCCUGCUGAGCGGCAGCGUGAAGCGUUUCUCGACCAUGGUCCGGUCCGGCAGAGACAACCGCCGCAUCCUCUGCUACGUCUCCGUGGGCCUGGUCCUGGUCUUCUUCCUGCUUUACUACAUGGUCUCCAGGAUUCAACGCUGAUGGGGGGGAAACCCAGGAUCAGCCAGGAGCUGAGACUAGAGACUCAUAUCUGAUAGGUUGAAAUCAUCUCUGUGGUUGUCCUGCACAGGGAAAAGAUGUUUUUUCUCUGCGUCCCCAUGAGAAAACAUUUAGUUGAAGCAUUGAAAGUGACCAGCAGGGGGGUGUCGGCCUUAGCGGGGGUAAACGGGGGGUGGGCGUGUUCAUACCAAAGAUGCUGGAGUCUAUUUAAAAAAAAAAUUAAAUGCCUGGGCUUUUCCACUCUGCACCACCUUUGUUACUAGACUCGUUGGAGAUGAGCCAGGCCUGCGCAGAAUCGAUGAAUAAAACACCCAAAAUGCAAUGAAAGUAAUCAUUAAUUUGACCUGCGAAGAAUGUUGAAUGGCUUCCAUACAACGUACACCCAUGCAUCCAUGUUAUUUUUUUUGGCAAUUUGGUUGAAAUUAACCCAUAUUUCUGAUAUUAAAAAAAACCGUUAAAUGGGUCAAAUUUGACCCAAGGAAAACGCAAGGGUUAACAGAACACAUGUUGUGUGCCUGACGGGGAUGUUCCAUACAUACGUUCAGAUUACCGAUCAUCUCCCGUCCGCUUUAACAGGCGAGGCGCAGCUCAUCUCGAACGAGACUAACGUCCGAUGCCUCCAGGAAGUGGUAAAAUGGGCAAAGAGAAGGUGGCGGUGAGGAAGCACUCAUCCCAGCUCGAGUGUGAUAGUCUGAUGAACCUGUCAAUCAAGACAAACUUGCCCCCAAAAUAUCAGUUUCAUUAGAGAGUAGCUAUUGGCUGGUCUUCGGAGCACCUGGUGAUGUCACCAUGUGUUGAAGGACUGUCAGUCAACUGUUUUAUCUUCAUGUCUUAUUGUUUGCGUUAGCAGAUAGCUCUUGUUACCAUCUCAUUUUAUUGCUCCUGCAGUCGAUUGACAACAGGCAAAUACUGUUCCAUUUGUACGCGGAAGUCGGAUUUUGCCGAGGUCAAAGUCGGGAACGCGCCCCCUGAACUCGGAUUUCUGAGCCCGGAACUCAGACGACAUGGCUGCCCCGUGCAUCAACAGCAGUAAAAGCGGUAUAGCAUACAGUUUAUUAAGACUUCGGUCUUUUUUUGAGUCUCGCUAAGGCUGUGUCUUAAACACAGUCCUGUCCAACUUGUAUCUGUGGACAUGUUGGUAUGCUGUUUUUUGCAUUUUAAUGCGUUAUUAUAAACUGGUAUUGCUUAGAAUAGCUAACCUGGAUACAGCAACCCCACAAUAAAAAAUCUGACUUGUUAGUUUUUCUUCUUCUCUUUUUAAUACAUUUUAUUCAUCAACUUAUUAAAUGGAACGCAUUCAACUCGGGUGUGCCGUCAUUCCCAGCUCCGGUCCGAGUUCCGAGGUAAAUGGAACGCACUGUUACACCGCAUACUGUAACACAUGAUUCUGUUUCUCCUUUUUUCUUUUUUUAACCCCUAAACAUCACUGUGUCCAGUUGUUUUACUUUAGUUUGAUGAGCAGUUUUAGUUCAGUAUGUGUAACGUCUGUUUCAUAUUAAAUGUUGGACCUAUCGUUACGUUGACAUUUUGUAUAAUGAUCACAUUUUGUAUUUUAUUUUCAUUUUUUUAUCCCACGUUCAGUCUCAUUGUGCACAGCAGAUCACUGCCGAAAGGGACUGGAGGAGAUUUAAGAGAGUUCAAAAGAGUUUAUAUAUCUUAAGUUAACAUUCCAGUCUGGACUGCUAAUCAGACAUCGCAUACAUUUAUUAUUAUUAUCAUUAAUACAGAAGUAUCAAAUGGUUUUAAUUGUGGAACUGGACAUGGUUUUAAUUGCUCCUUUUUACAUGAUUCAUUUAGGUUCUAGGUAUUAUGUGAGGUUUACUAACAAUAAUUUAUGACUUGCACAUUUAUGCUACAGUGUUCAAUUAAAAAAAACGAUCUAACUAUCUAUCAUAUGUAUUUCGGUGGAUUAUUUUCCAGGAGACCGAACAACACAUUGCUCCAAAAGCGAGACAAAACUCACCAAUAUUCUCAGCAUAUUUUGAUAGAAAAUCUUCAAAUUUGGGCAACGCCAAAAAUAAAUGCACAACAGUGUCUUGACAACCACAACAGAAAUUUAAAUCAAUGUCUCUCAUAUUCUUUUUUAAUGUCGUUUUUUUCAGCUGGAUAGAGUUUAUGAAUGAGUUUAAAAGAAUUCUCAACUUUAUUGGUGAUUUAAAUAUUGGUUUGCAAGAAGCCAGGGCCUUCUGCCAUGCCACAUCGUACACAAAUGGAUUCCCAUAUGAAAUGACAUAUAUACAAAUGUACCGGUAAUAUCGCUUUGGAAAAGAGUUUUUAUAGUUAUGUUGUUAUUUCUAGAAUAACUGGAAAACCCAAUUUUGCCCAUCAGAGUAUAUGUUGGAGAUACUGUAACAAGCUUUACCUCGGCUGAGAUUUAUACAGACUCCAGAGGCGUUACAGGGAUAUUAUAUUCUGACAAAAAAAAACUUUACAGAUAAGGUCAUCUCUAUUAAAUAACUGAUCUACCAACAGAGAUGUACAAUCCCUUUAACCACACUGUUUAUUUCAUUAUUCUUAAUUAUGUAAAUAAACACACACAAAUGAUCAUUAUCAGUUGUUACAGCUGUCCAACUGCAAAUUUCAUCAUGACAAGAGGUUCGCAACUUAGAGACAAAAAAAGACGAGCCCUGGUCCUUUGGCUGCCUGGCUUGUGUCAAGCCACCUCCUGUUCCGUCUUUUUUACUCCCUAUACCGCUUUUAAGCUAUUGGUCAUUUAAUUCACUGUUCUAACUUUGUUCUUUUUUGAUGUUGGUUUUACCAUGCAAGUUGUUUUAUCAUGUUGUGUUUGUUAUGUACUAUAGCCUGAUGUUGUUUCAUUGGGAGCGUGCCUGUGUUCCCACAGCCCUAUGUUCCCACAUUUCUAAGAAUUUUCUUUUUCAUUGAAAAUUAGGCCCUAUGUUCCCACAGCCCUAUGUUCCCACAUUGGAAAGAUUUCUUUUCCAAAAUUAGGCCCUAUGUUCCCACAUUUCCUUUUUCCUAAAUUUGUAUCAGAUUUUAUCCCCCUAACCCUAAAACAUGUUGUGGGAGGAGAGGGCUUAAAUUUAAGGGAAAUGUAGGAACACAAGACCUAAUUUUGAAAAUGUCCUAGAAAUGUGGUAACAUAGGACUGUGGGAACGAACAUAAGGCCUAAUUUUCAGUGUAAAUAAAAAUUCUUAGAAAUGUGGGAACAUAGGUCCUAAUUUUCAGUGAAAUAAAAAAAUUCUUAGAAAGGUGGGAACAUUGGGCUGUGGGGACACAGGGCUGACCCCAUUUCAUCUAUGUAUCGAGGCAUACUUCACCCCAUCUGACCUGAUUGUAAAGCACUUUGGGCCUGCUUAUGCUGGUUUAAAUGUGCUAUAUAAAUAAAGAUGACUUGACUUGA